AGUAGUGUUAAUAAACAAGAGAUGAAAUGGAGAAGUCAAGGAAACUGGGGUCAGUGAAAGAUGAGGACCAGUUUUAUCAUCAGGGUGCAGUGGAGCUGCUGGUUUUCAACUUUUUACUCAUCCUUACAAUACUCACUAUUUGGCUGUUUAAAAACCACCGAUUCCGCUUUUUGCACGAAACGGGAGGUGCUAUGGUUUAUGGUCUCAUCAUGGGAUUAAUUUUACGCUAUGCUACCACACCAUCUGACUUUGAAAAUGGAAUUGUCUAUGCUUGCGAGAAGCUCGAGGCUGGCUUGCCCACCCUGCUUGUCAACGUAUCAAAUCAAGUCUACGAAUAUCAGUACAAAAGAGAAAUCAGCCAGCAUAAUGUCAAUGCCCACCAAGGCAAUGUGAUGCUGCAAAAGAUGACCUUUGAUCCUUCAAUCUUCUUCAAUGUUUUAUUACCACCCAUUAUAUUUCAUGCAGGAUACAGUUUAAAGAAGAGACAUUUUUUCCGCAACUUGGGAUCGCUUUUGGCCUAUGCGUUUUUGGGGACAGCCAUCUCUUGCAUAGUUAUCGGGUUAAUCAUGUAUGGCUUUGUCAAGGCUAUGGUUCAUAUCAACCAGCUGAAGAGCGGCGACUUUCACUUCACUGACUGUUUAUUAUUUGGUUCUUUGAUGUCCGCUACAGAUCCAGUGACCGUCCUUGCUAUUUUCCAUGAGCUUCAUGUUGAUACAGAUCUCUACACCCUCUUGUUUGGUGAAAGUGUCCUAAAUGAUGCUGUGGCUAUCGUCCUCACAUAUUCAAUAUCAAUUUACAGUCCAAAGGAGAAUCCUAAUGCUUUUGAUGCUGCCGCCUUCUUCCAGUCCGUGGGGAAUUUUCUGGGAAUCUUUGCUGGAUCGUUUUCUAUGGGGUCAGCCUAUGCAGUUGUCACUGCUUUAAUAUCCAAGUUUACCAAGCUCUGUGAAUAUCCCAUGCUGGAAACCGGCCUGUUUUUCCUGUUGUCAUGGAGUGCCUUCUUGUCUGCCGAAGCUGCUGGUCUUACAGGCAUUGUGGCAGUCCUCUUCUGUGGAGUCACACAAGCCCAUUAUACAUACAACAAUCUGUCGGCAGACUCCAAAAUGAGAACAAAACAGUUGUUCGAGUUCAUGAACUUUUUGGCUGAGAAUGUUAUCUUCUGUUAUAUGGGAUUAGCACUGUUCACAUUCCAAAAUCACAUCUUCAAUGCACUGUUUAUAUUUGGAGCAUUUGUGGCCAUUUUCAUAGCCAGAGCCUGUAACAUAUACCCAAUUUCUUUCAUUCUCAACUUGGGUCGGAAACAAAAGAUUCCCAGGAAUUUUCAACAUAUGAUGAUGUUCUCAGGUUUACGAGGUGCAAUAGCAUUUGCACUGGCGAUACGGGACACGGAAUCUCAGCCUAAACAAAUGAUGUUUACGACCACCUUAUUAAUUGUGUUCUCCACAGUCUGGGUGUUUGGAGGAGGCACCACACCAAUGCUUACAUGGCUCCAAAUCAGGGUUGGUAUAGAUCCAGACGAGGACCUGAAGACAGAAACUGCUACACAGGCUGCAAAUAACCUGGAUAAAAACACAACCAAAGCAGAAAGUGCCUGGCUGUUCAGAAUAUGGUAUGGCUUUGACCAUAAAUAUUUGAAGCCCAUUCUCACCCACGCCGGACCACCACUUACUACAACUUUACCAGAAUGGUGUAAUCCUGUGGCCAGAUUACUAACCAGCCCUAGAGCAUAUGGGGAGCAACUGAAGGAUGAUGAUAUGGACUUCAUUGUCAAUAAUGAUGAACUGACUCUGAAUUAUGAGGCCACAGACCAUUCUCCGAUGCCAGCACAGAGCAGAAUAGAUUCACCCCAUCCUGCAGGCGAAGAAAACAUUUAUGAAGGAGACCUCGGCUUAGGAGGCUAUGAACUCCAACCUGAACCUGCUCCCGGCCAAUCCCAGUUGGUUUCUUCAGCCUGAAAUCCAGUGAAAACGCAUAUCACAAGGAGCGCAGAAGCCAUGUUUAUUAUGCAGAGUUAGUGAGAAGCUUGGAAAUGUAUUAAGGGCAUAAACUGAGAACAAAAACCUUGCUGAAUCUAUCCCUGGAGCCUGGAGGAAUGAGAAUUUA